UGAAGUAUUUGGAGAGGGACUAAACAAAAGUUUCCUUUUUGAGUAAUUAAUUGGUGUAUGACGGCGAGUGCCUAAUGCACCUGGUACCUUUUUGGAUGUACUCAGGACAGCCUUCUUAGAAGUUAUGUCUGCCUGUAAAUAUCGCGUAUAUGAGAAGCUGUAUGAAGCUACUUAAGAGUAUAUCAUUCAAUUUUAUAUUUAAAAAAUGAACGAUAAUAAACAAAAUUCACACGAUGAAGUCCCAGAAAUUGUAAAAAAUGCUGUAUUGGUGCAUAGCUCACCUAUUCCAAUUGAAACACCUAUUGUGAAAGGAUAUGAUUGGAAUAAGGGAAUUGACUAUCAUGCUUUACUUGAAACAUACAAAAGUUCUGGUUUCCAAGCAAGAAAUUUUGGAUUAGCGGUAGAUCAAAUUCAACAAAUGAUUAAUGCUAGAAACAUUCCUCUUGAAGAUGAUGAAAUUGAUAGCUUAGAAGAAGAUGAGUUUAUUCGAAGAAAAUCGUCAUGCACAAUAUUCUUAGGAUAUACAUCAAAUAUGGUUUCAUGUGGAAUUCGAGAUACUAUAAGGUUCCUUGUACAACAUAAAAUGAUUGACUGUAUUGUAACCACAGCAGGUGGCAUAGAAGAAGAUUUGAUCAAAUGCUUAGCACCAACAUAUAUAGGAGAUUUUAAUUUAGAAGGAAAAAGUCUUAGGCAACGUGGUAUUAAUAGAAUAGGAAAUUUGUUAGUACCUAAUGAUAAUUAUUGUUUAUUUGAAGAUUGGGUUAUGCCUAUAUUAGAUGCAAUGUUGGCUGAACAGCAAAAACGAGGUACACUUUGGACACCAUCUAAAGUAAUAACAAGACUUGGUAGAGAAAUUAAUAAUGAAGAUUCAAUAUAUUAUUGGGCUGCAAAAAAUAAUAUUCCAGUAUUUAGUCCAGCUUUGACAGAUGGCAGCCUUGGUGAUAUGAUGUAUUUCCAUUCCUUUAAGAAUCCAGGCCUGAUUAUAGAUAUAGUUUCAGAUCUUAGGCGAUUAAAUACAGUGGCUAUGAAAGCAAAAAAGAGUGGUAUGAUUAUCGUUGGAGGUGGUGUUGUAAAACAUCAUAUAUGUAAUGCAAAUCUCAUGAGAAAUGGCGCUGAUUAUUCCGUAUUUAUAAAUACGGCUUCUGAAUUUGAUGGCAGCGAUAGUGGUGCUCGUCCAGACGAGGCAAUUUCGUGGGGUAAAAUUCGAAUGGAUGCAAAACCAGUUAAAAUUUAUGCAGAAGCAUCUCUGGUGUUUCCACUUCUUGUUGGAGAAACUUUUGCUCGGCAUUACUAUUCAACGAAAGAAAAAACUAUUUCAGAUGUUUAAGAAAAAUUUAAUAAAGACAUUUAAAU